AUGGUCCGGAGCCACCCUGUUAGGCUUCUGUUUUUUACCAGUUUGGCAUUACAGAUCAUCCACUUGGGAAACAACAGUUAUCACAGAGAGAAACAUAAAGGUAACAGAGAAGAAAUCAACAAUUCUACAGCUCAAAAGCUCCAGCAGAAAACACUCAACUGGACCCUGAAUAAUUUUGGGGAGGUGAAUGCAAGCGCCAAAGGUUGGAGACCCCAGGAUUCACCUCCCUACCUCCCGGCUCUCCAAGAGCGUGAGCCGUUGCAACUGCUGCGCUGCUGCAGGAACGGCGGCACCUGCGUGCUGGGCAGCUUCUGCGUGUGCCCCGCCCACUUUACCGGCCGUUACUGCGAGCACGACCAGAGGCACCGCGAGUGCGGCGCGGUGAAGCACGGAGCCUGGACCUUCCUUGGCUGCCGCCUUUGCAGGUGUGUCUUCGCAGCCCUGCACUGCCUCCCUCGCCAGACACCCGGCAGCUGCGACCUUGAAGACUUUCUUGCUGCACCGGCUAAUGGAAUAAGCGCACAACGCAUGCUGAGUGUUCUCUUCCUCCUUCCCUGCUUGCUUUUACAAAGCAUCCUCAGUGAAGGGGGAGACUCCUGACUGGACCUUAGAGAACCUAACUCACAGUUCCACACUGGCAGAAUCUUGGUGUCCCCAGCACAGCGUGAGCAAGCAUGGCUCUCUGUGGGAAAGCCAGGACAUGUGCAUUUGCUUCAUUUUCUGUGCUGUAGAUUCCCAGAAAUAGAAGGCAUAGAACACCACCGAGCCACAUGUGGAAGCACCAGGAUCAUUCAGGAGACAGAGGGAGCAAGGGAAAAAUGUAGGCAAAAGCCAUAAAUGUGGUUUCCAUGGGAAGGAACAGGUAAGGCAAGCCAUGGUUUCUGUGUGAUGAGCAAAAGACACAAUAAAAUAAAAAGAGAAGCAAGAGAUCUUCUUCAGAGACUGAUCAUUAAGGUGGACAUCUGGCUCUUUUCCGAAGAGGAUGAAAGAACAGGCUGUGCAUUGCAAGGUGGAGGAAGGAAAGCUCUGCAGUGGGAGAGGGAAAGCACCACUCAGGUUCCUGUGGAAUUGACCAGUUACAACAGACUCUUGCUGACCUUUGCAUGGAAACAAACCUAUGUCAUCAUUUCGAGUAAAUAUAAAUCUAAAAUGAGACAAAU